AUGGCCAUGAGUUGGGCAGUCGCAAGCAGACCUGUGGACAUCGGGGUUCCGAAUGAAUGGCGUAUUCACCCGAAUACCCGGGGCUUCAUUCGGAUGUCCGCAGCACCAGUGUAUUUCAGUGCAGAUGCUCCAGCCAGAUCGGGGGCGGUGCUUGUGGCCUUGUGGCUGGCUUUUCGUGGAGGGGCUCAGAGGGGACGGACCCGUUUCUGGGGGUUGAACUUUCAACAGGAGCAGGUUGUAAAGGCCCCGCCAGGUGCGCACCUGGUCGUAGCUGGUGCUGGAACCGGAAAGACCAAGGUGUUGACUGAGCGAUUGGUCCAUUUGUUGAAGGAAGGUGUGGAGCCCAGCAGGGUUGUGCUCCUGACUUUCACUCGCAAAGCCGCUGAGGAAAUGAAGUUUAGAGCAGAGUCGCUUAUGGGACAUGGUAUUGGCCGCGGGUUGAGAUCUGGAACAUUUCAUGGCUUCUGCCUUGAUCUGCUUUCAAGAUACACAACUCGACUCGGGUUCCUCGAGGGCCUGACAGUGCUGGAUGUGGAUGAUGCCACGGACAUGGUUCAGCAGAUCCGCCGAGGCCUGGGCCUGGCCGGUAGGAAGCAAGCCUUUCCGAGCGCUGGCGAGCUCUUCCGCCUCUUCUCCCGGAGCGUGAACUCUGGCACCCCACUGACAGAGUUGUCGCUGAGGGGCAAAUACUACGAUCACCUAGAUGGCAUAGGGGCUGUGUGGGAAGCCUUUGAGGAAGCGAAGCAACGCCAAAACUGCAUGGACUUCAAUGAUCUGCUGCUGCGGUGCGACAAGCUACUGCGAGAAGAUGAGCAAGUGCGCUUGGUUGAAGCUGGGGCCUGUGAGCAUCUGCUUGUGGAUGAGUAUCAAGACACCAAUCCUCUCCAGGCUUCGCUGGUGCAGCAGCUGAGCUCUGUGCACGGCAACGUCGUUGCCGUGGGCGAUGAUGCCCAGAGCAUAUACGGCUUCCGUGGAGCGAGCGUAGAGAACAUGUGGCAAUUUGUUGAUACGUUCGACAGCGGUGAACCUCUUUUCCUUGAGGACAACUACCGCAGUACACAGCCAAUCUUGGAUUUGGCCAAUGCCGUUCUCAGUGGGUCAACAAUCCACUACAGUAAAGAACUGCGCUCUGACGUCGGGACGGGUCUAAAGCCACAGCUGCUGAAGUUCGACUCCCAUUUCAGCGAGGCCGCGUGGGUUGCAGCAGAAAUCCAGAACCUGCACAGACAGGGUGUGCCUCUCAAGAACAUAGCUGUGCUGUAUCGCACGAAUCGAACCUGCAACCCGCUGGAAACACAGCUUCUUCAAGGCGGUAUCAACUACCGCACAUCCGGACAGAGAAUUUCUUCUCGAAGUCAUGUGAAGGACGUGUUCGCUGCGCUUUCCGUGCACCUCAAUCCCUUGGAUUUGGUGAGCUGGACCAGGGUGCUGAAAUUGUUCACGGGACUUGGUGAGAUAACGGCGCGAAAGGUUGUGAAUAAGAUAAAGACGCAUGUUCCUCCACAGCUGGACGCAAAGCAUUGGGAAGGCAAGAAGUUCUAUCCAGAUCUUUGUGAACUGCAGCAGCUCAUGUCCGAACUCAGCGCCCAAUCUGACCCUGCAGCCUGCCUGGAGCUCACUCGAUUGUGGUAUACGAAGUACCUGACAGACAAGCAUGAGAACCGCAAGGAGCGAAUGGAGGACUUGCUUGCGCUGAAGGAUGCUGCUGGCGGUUUCAGCUGCCUUCAAGACCUGGUGAAUGCUUUCCGUCUGGACGGUGGGACGUGGUGUUUAUCCUGGGUGUUGGCACAAAGUUCGACUGGGGGGCAUUUCACCUUGAAGCAAUGGAAGAACUUCGUCGGGCCUGCUCAGAUUUCCGUGUCGGGGCGGGGCGGGGAAGACGGACGUCCUGUCAAGGUCCUGUGGGUACUCCUGUUACUCAACUGCGAGCGGCUCCUACGCGCGGUGCCCCCAGGUGCUGCCUGGAUGCCCACCUCGCCGCUGCAGCCAUCGCAAGUCUACCGGAACCUUCCGCCAGGCAAUUCGACACCUCAGCUGGUUGCCUCUGUUCUGGCCACCCCUCGCCGCGAGAAUUCCGCAAGCCCCUGGCGCCAGAGGCCAAGCGAGGUGUUCGCGCGGCCAGCAGGCAUCCCAAAUCACAUCAUCACGCCUCGUGCUUUCGGUGCCCACAUGGCACCAGCAGUGCACAUCGUGAACUAG